AUGCUGGGCGACGUUUCUCUACGGUCUACCCGUCUCAGCGCCCUACCCUUCCUCGAGACUCUAACCAAAUCCCUGAAGAUUAUUCUGAUGGUCGAUAGCGAGCAGCAGAUAGAUCUCCUUGAAUCCUACGCUUCCAAAGCAUCCUCUCCCGUAGCACUAUGGCCCGUCUUUAUCAAGAUCGACGUCAGCUCCCAGCGCGCGGGAAUAGCUACACACUCACCUUCCCUCCCAAGAUUAAUCCAGCGCAUGGAGUCAUCGUCUGCAGCCACCGUGUAUGGCUUCUACUGCCAUGCUGGGCACUCAUAUGCAUGCCGUACAGAGGAUGCCGCCGUCGCGGUACUCCAGACCGAAGUCGAGGGUGGGUCGUGGUAUCGGUGGGAUCAACACCUACCCUACAGCACAUGUGGUGAAAAGACUGCAGGGCGCAUUACCCGAGGGGAUGGAGUUAGAGUUAUAUGCUGUGAAACCGACAUAGUCUUGCUAGGAAACUAUCCCACGAACGACCUGCAGCAAGUAGCGACCUCGCUCGUGGAACCUACGCAGCAGGCGAUGCGCAUUCUCACCGAUGUCUACAGCGUGUAUCCUGAUCGCAACGAGGCGCUCGUCAACGCGGGGAUCAUUGCGCUUUCGAAGUAG